AAGUAUUUCUUGGGUGGGUACAGUAGUGUUGAGCUAGUUUUUCAGGAAGGAAAUAUGUGACAUAUUUGUCUUCAUCUCUCUGUGUGACCAUAGAACCUGUCUCUACCAAUCGGAAAGCAGCGUGGUGCAGAGAACAGGAAGUUCAGGCUUCAUGAAGAUGAAAUUGAGUGAAGAGAUGACAGAACGAAACAAAAUGUCCAGAUGACAACAGAUGACACAAUCCAAAUAUGUUGACAUAGCGGGCUGAGCGUUUGAUUGACAGCUCAACAAUACACCCUUCGUCCUCCUCCUGCCACCCACUCACUGUCCAUCCAGCCAUGUUGUUGAGGAGGAAGCUGUGCGUUGCCCUGGUGAUCGCUGCCAUUCUCUUCCUCAUGCUCGCGAGUCAGGGCAUCCAGAGGAGACACUUUCUGCCUCUGUCAUUGGCUCUGCCCAUCAGCCGGGCCACCCCCACCAGCAGGGAGACAGUGGUCGAACCAUCGGCACCUCCUGCUGAUCUGACCCCUAACCCUCCUAGGACCCCUCGUCCCAGACCCAUCGAACCUGAAGAAGAAGACGAAGAUGAGCCUGCAGAGGAGUCCCAGCCUGAACUGAGAUCGUGUGGUUGUACUAAGUCCUGUAUUUCAGACCUGGCGGGGUCAGAAUGGUUCAGCAAACGUUAUGACCCCAAACAGCAGCCUGUCCUCAGAGACACCAACAACAACUUUGACCCUGAAGCGCUCAAAUGGUGGUUGAGUCUUCAGCGUUCCGGUAAUGACCAGACUCUGGAGCAAGUGAUGUCAGAGUUGUUCAAGGUCGUUUCCCCACCCACUGUGGACUUCCGGCCCCUCCCCACUCAUUGUCGUAGUUGCGCUGUGGUCGGCAACUCAGGCAACUUAAGACAGUCAGGAAAUGGCAACCUGAUUGAUUCCCACAAUUCCAUUAUCCGGAUGAACAAGGCAGUGACUCGAGGAUUUGAGAAAGACGUUGGGAAUCGGACAACACAUCACUUCCUGUACCCAGAGAGUGCGGUGGACAUAGAUCAUGGCGUCAGCCUCGUCCUGCUGCCGUUCAAACUGAGAGAUUUGGAGUGGCUGACCAGUGCGCUGUCCACCGGCGAAAUUAAAAUGACCUACAUGAGGGUGAAAGAGCGAGUGCAGGCUGAUAAAGACAAGGUCUUGGUGGUGAACCCGGUGUUCUUUAAGUAUGCUCACGAUCGUUGGACAGAGGGUCAUGGUCGCUAUCCGUCCACUGGCAUGCUGGCCAUCAUCUUCGCUCUGCACACCUGUGACCAGGUGUCUGUCUUUGGUUACGGCGCCGACCAGCAGGGGAACUGGCAUCACUACUGGGAGGAGAACCGCUAUGCUGGAGCCUUUAGGAAGACCGGUGUGCACAGCGCUGACUUCGAAACAGAGAUCAUCCAUCAGCUUGCCAAGGAGGGAAAGAUCACUCUGCACCUGUGACACAACCACUGACCCACACACCUGAUUAUCUACCGACUGACUUAUAAACAGACUUACAGACAUGCUGACUGACCUACUGACUGAAGGACUGAUUGACCGAUCUGCUGACAGACCAGCAGAUCAUUCACCACUUAAUUCUUGAGCCCAAGAACCAGCUACAUCUCGUCUGGUAUCCAGCUGAGUCUGGUUGAUUGCGGCUGAUGGCAGCACACGCAGCUGUCCUCAAAUUAAAGCCAUGUCUAUGUAUGAUGGUUUGUUUCAGCCUGAUUUGGACAGGAAUCAGACCUGGUAUUCUUGCACGUCAAUCAUUACACGCCUGGCUUGAGUCAGACGUCCAGGUAUGUUGGACUGCAGCCGCAAUUGGGCAGCAACAUUUUUACAAACCUGGAUUACCUGUGGACGGAGCCUUUGGGGAUAGGAGGGGCUGAAUCCACCACCUUCACCUACAGACUCCUGCUGGUUUAAAUGAGUUCCGGCUCAACUGCUUUUCGGGACCCUCCACUGUUCAGACAGACCGUCCUGCCGUCUGCGACUGCGAGGAUCGACCACAUGAGUUUUGCUCUGAGCGGGAAACAACCACAGACUUUUUCUAUCUUUUCUAUUGGAUUUUAUAGACGUUAUACAGGGAUAACCUCUUUUUUUUAUCAAAGCACUUUGCCUUGAAGAAGAAAUGGCACCAAGUGUUGCCACAUUGUCGCUUCUGUGUCCAACAAUGUUACUUUUAUAUUUUAUAUCAUUUAUAAUCCAUCCAUUUAUUCUAACUGUAUCUUAACGCCAACCGUCCUGAUCUGGAGGAAUUCUCCGUCCUGACAGACUUGAACUGGAAACGGGAUAACGGAGUCUUGAAGUUUUCUCUCACGUCAACAUUUCUGGAAUGUAAGCCAAUGAUACUUCCUGUCUCGACCAUAUAUGGAGCUGGAGGAGGAGCUUGUGUGAGGUUCUCAGCCUGUGUUUGAGCUUCGCCAUGUUGUCCACGAUGAUUCAACAGUCUGAAGGUUUUCAGCUGAUGUCACUGACGGUCCAAAACAGGAGUUAAAUAUGUUUCAAAGGACAAAGUUUUUCAGCUUGAAGUUAAUGGUCAGCAGUAAAGUUAAACUACAGAAACAAAGUGAGUAAAGGGGACAUUCCCAUUCAAAUCAACAAAGCUGGAUGGUCAGAGCGGUGGUAGUUUUUAUGUGUACUGUUGCUGUUUCAACUGUUGUAGGGCGCUAACUUCCGUAUAAACUGAGACACGUAUAGCUGCAGACACAUUCCGUUUGUAGUGCACACGACACGCCCCUUUAAGCCACGCCCACCACUAACACAAGACAAUCUCACCAUCGUAAUGGUUAUCUGAACCUACAAUGCUACAGUGUAGUUAACAAAUUUGUGGCCAUAUGUAGAAAUAAUAACACAUGAAGACGGACGACACGUUACUGUUCCCAUUACCCUCACCCUACCCUUAACCACUUCUAUUUUAACCUAACACUUCAUAGCUAGUAGGGUUGCAGCGGUAUGACAUUUCCUCUGAACGAUAACUGUCUCUGAAAAUACUGCAGUUUCACGGUAUCACGGAAUUUAUAUGAUAUUAUAUUAAUUUACAUUAUUUGUUAAUUGAAGUCUGUGUAAAAAGUCUCCCGUUAAAAUAACCAAACUAAAGGUGAGAUUCUCCGUCCAGUUGCACUUCUUUUUUCCAAUAUCGUAGAUGAGCAAAUGUACAUAGUACGAUGACCGUCAACAUUUAUAUCACAGUAUACCUUAAAACCGGUAUAUCGCUGCAAUCCUAAUAGCUAGCUGAUCGCCAACUUAGCAUUUUUGUCAGGGCUUCUGCUUCCAGGCCAAGAGCAAGGGAGGCUGAUCGUGGACUGACGUGCAGGUAUGGUCGGUGAGUCAUGCUGCUAGUGGGCGGGUCACGUAGCUGCUUCAGCUGCAGUUAAACGCACUUGUGUAAACUUAAACAUAAACAAACCGACAUGCAUCAAGUCCUCAACUGACUGAGGGGAGGUUUUGCGGUAACAACCAAACAUGGUGGGUGGACGAUUUCAAAUAAUCAGUCCGUUAUUUUUAAAACAGUACCAUAUUUCCGUUGUUCUUUUUUUGCUAUUAAUUGUACGUUUGUUGAAACACAAUGUCGCUUCAGUGUAGCUGCCUCCAAAGAACGAGUGAGAACCGCUGCUUAAUGGAAGGGAGGAGAGACUGCGGGGACAAACAGUACGCAGAUUAGCCAACGUGGUCGAUCAAACCAAAGUUGCUAAUUGUUGGAACAGUCAACAAACUAACUUUUAUGACUAACAAUUCUAGCAAAGACAGUUUGGGUGAGUUUUAUUUUGUGCUUGUCAAGUUCAAAUGCAGUUCGCUUUCCGAUGAGGUAAAAAGACUGCGGGGACAAACAGUAUGCAGAUUAGCUAACGUGGUUGAUCAAACCGAAGUUGCCAAUUGUUGGAACAGUCGACAAACUAACUGUAUGACUCACAAUUCUAGCAAAGACAGUUUGGGUGAGUUUUAUUUUGUUCCUGCCGAGUUUGAAUGCAGUUCGCUUUACCAUGACGUAAAAAAGCAAUUAAGCUAACGUUAGUGUCAGUUCGGUAAAAGAGAAAAACUUGGAUUGGUGCACGGUUGUAUUUUUCUGUUUAAUAGGAAAAACCAAGGGUAAAAAUAGGCAUUCUCAAACUGUGACACACUUUGACGUGUGUGUCACCAUAACAACCAACAAGUCGCCAUUUUCUUCUGUAUUCGUCAAAUGACCACAGCAAACAGUUUAACGUACAUUCUACUCAUUCUGUUUCUAUGAGUUAAACUCUACAACAACUAAAGAAGAUGUGACUUACUGAAUAAAGCUGCAGACUGUUGAACCUUGGGGACGGACGUGAUGCAACUCCCCUGACUCAGCUCAGUUGAUGCGAGCGACAAAGAGGAGGAGACAGUGCACGACUUGUAACUAAAGAUUUAUUAAACAAAACAUAACAAGAACAAAGUCAAACAAUCAUGGUAACACCACCCAGUGUGCGGUGCAUGGAUGAGUGAGAAAGAUGUAGUGCAAUGUAAGUCCUACCAAAAAUAACCAACCAGAAGAAUAAAGAGUUACUGACCAGUCUAGCAGGAAGCACAGGAGUCGGUCAGCUGCCGGAUGGACUUCCUGUUAAAGGGAGAGGGCAGCGUGCAGAGGGCUGUGUACUGUGAAUGUACAAAAACUGUUACUGAUUGUCAGUCACAGUCGUCUGAAUGUUCGUGGCUUCGUUCACACCGUCAGGAUUUUCAGGACAUUUUCACACUGAGCAAGAGUGAGUCCGAAUCAGAGUUUGAUGUCACUCUGAGAUAGCUUACUUACUUUCUUUUUUUUUUUUUAACUGUUUGUUUUGUCUACCCCCUGUGUUUUGAAGAGUAACAUCAGGGUACAAAUCCGAUCCUAAAUUUUGGCCUGCUCAUGGAUACAUGGAUGGAAGAUGAUGAAAUCUUCAUUUGGCCUUAACAGCACAUUGUAACAGUUAUUUGCGUUGCCAGAAAUUGUAAUACAUAUCAUAGUAUUUGCUUUCAGAGGUUGCUAUUUAAUUGAUUUUGCUUAAUUUUUGUUGUGUAAAAAGGUCAUCAACGAAUAUUUUUUAUCAUUUUAUUUCAAACUUAACACAGAUAUGUACCUCAUGCAAAAUCAGAAAUGAUCAAAAAGGAUAUUUUGCACUGUAGCUCAGAAUUUUCUGCCUUAAAUUAUCUGUACUUCUGAAGCUGAUUUAUCUGCUUUACUUGUUGCUUUACUAAGCAGCAACUUGUAUUUCAGUGAUGUUUCGUUGUCAGUAAUGUUAGCUAAGGUUAUUGCUUUUGGAAGCGAAAAGUUCCAGAUUUAUGGUUUAAACAUCCACAAUCUUACUGAAAAUUAGUUUGAAGAUUAACUUAUCUGCCCUCUAGUGGAUAUAGUUUUUAAUCUUCCAUGUACACUCAAAGUACAUGGACAAAGUCAUUAGUAUUGCAGUUGCUUGUCUACGUUUUCAAAUUGCUAAAACCAGGUAUAUAUUAGCUCUCUAACCUCGGUGCUCUGCUUUUAGUUGCUUACUGUUUUGUUUGGCAAUAGCGCAUCAAUCUUUAGCUUUAUGAUUGUGCUUGUUUUUUUGCCAAUAAUACCACAAACAUGGACUCGAAGUUUCCAGUAGAGUCGUUCGAUACUAUACUAAAGCUACUACCUUCAGGUCGAAUCGGGUUUAGGAUCGAGAUGAGAAAACUUUUGAUGAUACCAAAUUUUUGCGCUCUGUUUCCAGGUUCAUGCCAAGGCUACUGAAUGAAGGUGGGGACACGAUCUUUGACCUCAUGGGAGCUACAAGAUAUGUCACAUGAGCAAUGUAGCUUGAGCCGGGAGGUUUACAGCCGACGGUACUAGAAAUAAAGUGUAGUUGCUCUUUGUGUGCGCUCUUUUUUAGCCCUCUUGGGUGCGCUCCACCCGACAGAAGUUUUUGGGUACGCUUAAAUUGACUGAAAAUAGAGCAGUGGUUUCCAAUUGGUUCAGCCACAGGUCCAGAUUUUAUUUUAGUCAUUAGUUCCAGGUCCACACAGUUUAAUAUAUUCAGUGUCACACUUGCAUUUGGCCAUGUCAUCAAGCUAGUUUGUGGUCUCUGUCAAGUAGCUGUCUGUUAGUCAUUCAUUUUACAGCACGAAAUGGCACUUUAUAAUAAAACCUCUGUGCAGGAAAUUCACUGUGCUUAAAAAUGUGUGUGCUUUUGACAAACUUGUUUGCGAGUCACUUGCGGUCUAUUCAGAAUGGACCUGUGACCCAAUUUUGGACCGUGAUGCACCAUUUAUGAACCACUGAAAUAGAGCAUUUUCAAAUAGAAAACAUUUGUUUUUGACAUUUAUGAAGGACCUUUUCAAUAACUGCAGAAUUAAAUUUUCGUAUUAAAUACAUUUUGAUGUGAGGCCAACUGUGGACAUCUCCGAUAAACGAAUCAAUCAUCACCAGGUUCUGUGUUAGUGCGUUAGCUGUUGAGCCUUUUCUCAGGUGCAGACCAGAUUUCACUAAACAUGUUGCACCCUAAUGAUAUGAUGCAAUAUGACAUCAUCUCUCUUUUAAAGCUCCUUGAUUCAGGCCAAACUUGCCAGUGUGAAAUCGCUCUGUAAAGAGGUCAGUCUGCUUCAAACAAACCUGCUGGUGCAACAUCUAAAGGCCAGGAUAUGCUAGAAAAGAACUAGGUCACAUGAAGUGCUCAUAGUGCUCGUAGUCGUUCCUCACAGGAGAGAAACGCCUGCCAUCACAGACUCCUGGCUGAGCUUCCCUCAGCUCCAUCCAACAAAUCUGUCUUUGUUGUGACAAAAAUUUUUGGACGUAGCUGUUGGAAAAGAGAGUCUAAAGAUGAUCCAACACUUCUUUUAAAGCAGACUGAGACCUCUUAUAAAUAAUCCCAAAUGCUGAAUUAUCAUCUGGAGGCUGUUGCUGUGUCGUUAACUCAGCUGCAGUUCAGACUUUAACCCGGUUUGUCUGGACAAGCUAAUGGUCUCUUAAAACUCGACUGUGGAGUCGUCUGAAGCUGAGGUUUAAUCUGAAACAUCUGCUGCUUGUUUUUAUAGUUUCUUGCUGAGAUUUAACACUUUGUUGGCUUCUCCGGGAAAAAUUCCUGCUGAUAAACUGGGACAUUAUCCACUUUACGAGGAACAUUCAGCCACUAAAUGACAGAGCAGCAGCCCUCCAGAGUCCUGAGCUGGACUUCACAUCCGGAUGAAAGGUUUUUAGAUUUCGCAGACUAAGUUAUAGUAAAAAGAUUUACUCAAAGUGUGUUGUGAGUAUAAAUCCAAAGUUGUGCUUUUUAGGUUCCUUGCAGUCUGGAAAUGACUUCCAUCAGGAAUGCAGGAAAGUGCAGAUUAAAUCAACCAAUCAUGAUGUAUGAUGUGUUACCAUAGCUUUAAUUCAGCUCAUUGUUCUUUAACUGUGACUCUGUUGAACUGACAUUUCUUUCUAUUUUAUCAAACAAGCGAACUGCUGAUCAUCAAUUCAUUCAUUCAUUCAUUCAUUCAUAGCUACCAAACAGACAGAAGCACUGUGAUAUUUCAAAACAACAUGAACCCAGCGCUGUCACUUUGAAUGAAAUAAAAAAUAUGAAACAAAA